UCCGAAAAGUCCAAACCCGAAAGUCAACUACGCUCCAAACCCCAACACCCCGCGCACCACCCGAUCCCUCCUCCCCAAAAAGCAGACCAAAUAACCAGUAAGGAAAAAAAACACUCGACGAUGUUGUCUCGCUCUGUUAGUCGGCGACCGUAAAAUUUCCUAAAUUCCAACGACGAUGUUCAACAACGGCUACUCCAACAACAAAAACGGCCUGAACCCGAUGUUGUCGGCAUCAUCGUCAACGACUGCGACGCUGCAAACGACGUCGUCUUCUUCGUCUGCAACGACGAAUUCCCAGACCCAGUCGCUUAUAAAGGCGUAUUUCAAAACCCCAGAAGGCCGAUACAAGCUUCACUCGGAGAAGACUCGGCCGCCCAACCUCCUGCCGUACUCGUACGCCAAGACAAUUUCUCAGGUGACGGUAGCGCAGCUCAAGGACAAGCCUAGCGGCCAGCCUACGCUGGCGCCGAGUUUCAGCACCACCGGAGUGCGGUCGGCGGCGGCGAGGCUGUUGGGGGGAAAUGGGGGCAAAGCUCUGAGCUUUGUGGGAGGGAGUGGAUAUAGCAGAACCAGCAAUGGGAGUAGUAGGUAUGCUAAUUUCGGCGGGUCGAAUGGGACCCAUCACACGGUUAACUCGAAUCUCGGUAGUAAAGGGUCGUUUUUGGUAUUCAAUGUUGGGGAUACUGUUUAUAUCAGUGAUCUCAAUUCGCCCGAUAAGGAUCCUAUCAAGGCUUUGCAAUUCGGCAAUUCAAAUCCGGUGUGCCACGCGUUUGAUUCCGAGGCCAAAGACGGGCAUGACUUGCUUAUUGGAUUGAGCUCCGGAGAUAUUUAUUCGGCGUCUUUGAGGCAGCAAUUGCAAGAUUCUGGAAAGAAACUUGUUGGUGCCCAUCAUUAUAACAAAGAAGGUUCUGUCACUAGCAGUCGGUGUGCCAGUGUCGCAUGGGUUCCCAAAGGUAGCAGUGCUUUUGUUGCUGCUCAUGCUGAUGGAAACUUGUAUGUGUAUGAGAAGAGUAAGGAAAGUGCUGGUGAUUCUUCUUUCCCAGUUAUAAAGGAUCAUACUCAAUUUUCGGUGGCUCAUGCAAGAUCCAGUAAGAGUAAUCCAAUUUCCAGAUGGCAUAUUUGCCAAGGUGCAAUAAACAGCAUUGUUUACUCAGAAGAUGGGGCAAAUUUGGCAACAGUCGGUAGAGAUGGAUAUUUGCGAGUAUUUGACUACUCAAAAGAACAGCUAGUAUUCGGUGCUAAGAGUUAUUAUGGUGCUCUUCUGUGUUGCGCGUGGAGUCCGGAUGGGAAAUACAUUUUGACAGGAGGAGAAGAGGAUCUCGUUACUGUAUGGAGCAUGGAAGAUAGAAAAGUAGUAGCUUGGGGUGAAGGGCACAACUCAUGGGUUAGUGGUGUGGCGUUUGAUUCAUAUUGGUCACCACCAAGUUCAGAUGAUGCGGAAGAAAAUAUUGUGUACCGUUUUGGUUCUGUGGGUCAGGACACAAAAUUGCUCCUAUGGGACCUGCCAAUGGAUGAGAUUGUAGUGCCACUUCGCCGAAGUUCACUUGGUGGAUCUCCAACGUUCAGCACAGGUAGCCAGUCAUCCCAUUGGGACAGCGUUCACCCCAUUGGCACUCUUCAACCUGCUCCCAGCAUGCGGGACAUUCCAAAGCUCUCCCCACUAGUGUCUCACUGCGUUCAUUCUGAGCCCCUAUCCGGAUUAGUUUUCACAGAGGAAACUAUUCUCACUGCAUCUUGGGAAGGGCAUGUAAAAAUUUGGAUGAGACCUGGCGAACCUGAAAAUAAGUCAAACACAGAAACCCUGCUAGGUGUUAGUCCAAAGGACCAACCACUCACAGGCAAAGGUUACACAGAACCAUCUAAAAGCAAGCCAUUCAGUGAAAGUAAUCGAAACAGCAUGGAUACCCUGCUCGGUGCUAGUUCAGAGGACCAACAACCACUGACAGGCAAAGGCGGUGCUUUUAGUUUCAAGGAAAUGUCAAAAAACAGUCAAUUCGGGGUAACCUUCCAUAGAGCUGAAUCGCUGUUUGAACCUGUAAUUAUGCCGCUUUCAGCCACUCUGAUCCUUCAGAUUGCCAUAUGUAUCAUACCAGGUAAUUGAAUUUGCUUUGGUCAAAGCUUAUGCACAGAGGAAGUAAUCUAGCUCAAUGGUGACGAAACGACGGUUUCUUUUAGAUAAGAAGCAAAGAGGGGGUAGAGAGAGACGCACAUGGUAUAAUUGUAUCGCUUUUAGGUUUUUGCAAAGGUAGGUUUACAGCUUAAAACUCACAAUAUUCACAUGGUGCUGACUGCUUAUCUAUAGCACAAUACAUGUACAAAUGCCCAUUGUUUUGCGUUGGCGGGGGCAGAUUCUUUUCGUUUUCCUUGUGACUACUUAAGAUAAUAUGAUUUUGUGAAAUGGUCACCAGGGCCAAAAUAAAAGCGACAUCGGAGUUGCCUGCAA